GUCGUUCUGUAAACAAUCAUGGACGUUACAAGUGGUAUGUGUCAAUUUUGUUAUAAAAACGUGCUUAAAAUGAGUGUUAGUGAUGGUUUUAGUGCAUUAUACAUGGGCAUCGACAUAAUUAACACAAUAUGCAGGUUUGUACUGAUGGCGAGGAUGUUGGCGGAGGAUUAUGAUAUCAUUUUGGUCACAUUCAAUUAUCGCCUGGGACCUCUUGGUUUCCUAAAUUUGGAAUUGCAAGAAGCUCCAGGAAAUGUUGGUCUGAUGGAUCAGGUGGAGGCGUUACGAUGGACAAAAGAAAAUAUAGCAAAAUUUGGAGGUGAUCCUGAUAAUAUUACAAUUGGAGGCGUUUCUGCAGGGAGUGCAAGUGUCCAUUACCAUCUACUGUCUCAUAGUGCAAGAGGUCUUUUCCAAAAGGCAAUUAUGCAUAGUGGAAGUGCUUUUCACCCUUGGGCUUUCCAAAAACACCACAUUAAGCGUGCUUUCCAACUAUGUGAAGCCUUAGGUCAUUCCACCAACAAUACUAAAGACGCACUUGACUUUUUAUUAAAACUACCUGCAGACAAAUUAUUAGCAAAAAUGCCCCCAGAAGUUGAAGGCGAACUGAUCCAGGAUUUUAUUUUUGUUCCAUCAAUCGAAAAAGUAUUUCCAAAUCAAAAACCAUUCUUAGAAGAAUCACCAUUCACCAGAAUGGUAUCCGGAAACUAUCACAAAGUACCACAAAUAGUUGGAUUCAACAGUGGCGAAGGGAUUUUUUUCAACUUCUUCCUGCAGGAAAAUCCUGAUAUACUAAACCAAUUCGAAGCAGACUUCCAAAAAUUCAUACCAACUGAUCUGGACCUGUCUCAUGGAUCUGAAGACUCUAAAUCUCUUGCAGAAAAAAUUAGGAAAUUUUAUUUUGAUGAUAAACCUGUUGCAGAAAACGUGCAGAAAUUAGUAGAUGCAAUCAGUGACAAUUGGGUAACCAGAGGUGUAAAUGAACAAGUUAAAUUGACAGUGGAAAAACAAACUGAACCGGUUUAUUUUUAUGAGUAUUCAUUUUCGGAAAGUCAUCCUGCCAAAGAAAUGUUUGGUGAUCAUAAUCUGACUGGUGUUUGUCAUGGUGAGGAAUUAGUUAAUUUAUUUAAACUGAAAGUGAUGUCUCUGGAUGAAGAUAAGCCAAAUGUUUUGUUAACUCAGAAAAGGAUGCUGGAAAUGUGGACAAAUUUUAUUAAAACAGGGAAUCCAACACCAGAAAUCACAGAUGUACUUUCUGUUAAAUGGGAGCCUGCCACAAGAGAUAAAUUGAAUUAUUUAAAUAUUGAUUCAAAUUUGACUUUAGGCACAAAUCCAGAAAAAAAUCGUGUUAAAUUUUGGGAGGAUGCUACUAAACAGCACAGUCAAGUGCGAGUCGAACUCGUACAUUAAAGUAAUCAGUAACUAUAAUAAAUAGUUCGAAUGAAAUUGUACUAUAAGGAAAAACUGUUUAGCAGACAACUUAUUUAUGGAUAAUGAUAAAGUACUUGCUAAAAAAGAAA